CCCAAGUGAUCUAGCCAGCCACGGAGCCACCACUCGCCAGGUGCUUCAAAUAGUCGCCCCGGACAGGCAGGCGCACGCAACGCAACUAGUCUCCUUCACCGUCCGUCCAUUCCUCCGAUCCGCAGGAGGAUUAGGAACUUAGGAUCGGGGACCGGCGGAGCCCGACGACCUUCUCGGUCCACCCGCCCGGCGAUCGAACCAUGGCGCUCGGCGAGGGCGGGGAUCACGGCGCCGCCCUGCCCCUCAUCGCGGACCAGGCGAAACAUGCCGCCGCCGGUGGCAUCGUCCGAAGCGGGAGCAUGUGGACGGCAGCGGCACACGUGAUCACGGCGGUGAUCGGGUCCGGCGUGCUGUCGCUGGCGUGGAGCAUCGCGCAGCUGGGGUGGGUGGCCGGGCCGGCCGCCAUGCUCGUCUUCGCGGCCGUGACGGCGCUCCAGUCCACGCUCUUCGCCGACUGCUACCGGUCGCCGGACCCCGAGCACGGCCCUCACCGCAACCGCACCUACGCCAAAGCCGUGGACCGCAACCUAGGUAGCAACAGCUCGUGGGUGUGCAUGCUUCUGCAGCACACGGCCCUGUUCGGCUAUGGCAUCGCCUACACCAUCACGGCCUCCAUCAGCUGCAGGGCGAUCCUGAAGGCGAACUGCUACCACGAGCAUGGGCAUGACGCGCACUGCGACUACGAUGGCAACUACUACAUGCUCAUCUUCGGCGGCGUCCAGCUCCUCCUCUCCUUCAUACCUGACUUCCACGACAUGGCGUGGCUCUCCGUCGUCGCCGCGGCCAUGUCGUUCUCGUACGCCUUCAUCGGCCUCGGCCUCGGCCUCGCAAGAACCAUUGCUAACGGGACGAUCAAAGGAAGCAUAACAGGUGUUCGGAUGAGGACGCCUAUGCAGAAGGUUUGGCGCGUCUCGCAGGCCAUCGGCGACAUUGCCUUCGCGUACCCCUACUCCUUGAUCCUCCUGGAAAUACAGGACACCCUGAAGUCACCGCCGGCCGAGAACAAGACGAUGAAGAGGGCGUCGAUGAUCUCGAUCCUCGUCACGACAUUCUUCUACCUCUGCUGCGGCUGCUUGGGCUACGCCGCCUUCGGCAGCGACGCGCCGGGCAACCUCCUUACCGGCUUCGGCUUGUACGGUCCGUACUGGCUCAUCGACUUCGCCAACGCGUGCAUCAUCCUCCACCUGCUGGGCGGGUACCAGGUGUACAGCCAGCCGAUAUUCCAGUUCGCGGAGCGGCUCUUGGCGGAGCGGUUCCCGGACAGCGGGUUCGUGAACGGCGGCUCCUACACCGUCCGGUUCGCGUGCCUGCGGGCGUGCCGGGUGAACCCGCUGCGCGUGUGCCUCCGGACGCUGUACGUGGCCUCCACGACGGCGGUGGCCGUGGCGUUACCCUACUUCAACGAGGUGCUGGCGCUGCUGGGCGCGCUCAGCUUCUGGCCGCUGGCCAUCUACUUCCCCGUGGAGAUGUACUUCAUCCAGCGGAACGUGCGCCGGUGGUCCGCCCGCUGGGUCGUCCUGCAGACCUUCAGCGUCGUCUGCCUGCUCGUCAGCGCCUUCGCGCUCGUCGGCUCCAUCGAGGGGCUAAUCAGCAAGAAGCUAGGCUAGGCUAGGCUAGUCCGAUCCAGUGGAACACCCUAUCUGCAGGUCUGUCAGAGAGUGGCAGCGGGCUCGGUUAUUUUCACAGUGUUGCCUUCCUCCUGCAUCGGGUUGUAAGUUGUAACAUAUAUGUCGUAUUGAUACUGGCGAGUUCAGAUGUUCAGAAGAAGUAGAACGCGUGUGACGAUUCUGUGU